AGCCCUGACUCACCCAUCCCGUCAGAUAAGUCGAGAAGCCCAUUCCAGUUCCAGCACUGCAGUCAUGGCAACUUCAGCAGAAUCGAAGUGGGAGGACCAAAGCGCCUUCGACUAUGACUACGAAACGCUGCGCACCACUGGGGUCAUUCUCGCCGUGGUCAUGUUCGUUCUCGGGAUCCUCAUAGCCCUGACUCUAGCCAUCUGGGAAGCGGCACAUCAUCCAAGACAGAAGUACCCCAACAGACGGUAUAGACGUGAAUUCCGACCAGGGAAGAAGCCAUUUCAGUGGGAAGAUGACCUGAACAGGAAUGCAAGCCGCACAUGGAUGUCCACCUUUGUCACGCUGUGGACAUUCAAGCUUCCUUCCCUUUCAUUUCUUUGUACCUGUCAUCUUGCAGGUCCAGUCUGCUCAGAUCUCUUAGCUUGCAGCCUUUUCGCAGGAGACCAGACUGCCACCACCAUUCAACAGAACUCUUGGGGCCUUCAUUUUCUUCAUGGGCUGUCGUAGGUCAGUGGUUAAGGUGCUUAAUUUGUCAUCAGAAGGUUGCUGGUUUAAUCCCCACCACUGCCAAGUUGUCACUGUUGGGCCCCUGAGAAAGACCCUUAACUCUCAUAUUGUACUCAGUCUGGUUGUGGUGUUAUUUAAAGAGUCAAACUGCAUGAAGUGUCACUUUGGAUAAAAGCAUCAGUUAAAUGCUGUAAACUUUACUUGAAGUUAUGUCGCAAUGGAUGCAUUCGCCUCUAUUACUGUACUGGUGGGACGAGCCACAGUGCAGGCCGGUAUCUUCGCAUUCACCUUCUAGAGCAGAAGUGAGCACAGGCGUUGUGUCCUUGGGCCUCCUGGGGUGCAACACAACCCUCCCUUGUUUUCUUCACUUCCUGCUCCACUUCCUUUCUUCAUGUGUGUCGUUAGCUAGAGUGUUCGGCAGCAUGAGCACGUGCGGUGGGGGGGCACCCUGUGACGGAGAUGGUCUUAAUAUGCAAUGAGCGUGUGCACUAACACUGCAUCUUAAUCCCCACUGAUCCUGCUGCAGUAACAGAUAGUGACAUAUCUAUUAUCAGCAUGUAAUACUGUCUCAGCCCAAAGAAAGACGUGACAGGAAGUUGUGUUGGGUAACUGGACUAAUUUUGGUACCUUAUGGUCCAGGUUCCUAGACCCAGAUUAAGCCUAAAACUAAACUAAAAAGAAUUUGCAGUGGUGUUUUAAGAAUUGGCACUGCAGAUUAGUCCAAUAUUAGGUUUAAUGCAUGUUAGGAGCCCAGCUCUUAUAGAAUAGGUUUAAUCCAUGUCAGGAUUUCAGAUUUUAUAGAUUAGGUUUAAUCCAUGCCAGGAGCCCAGCUCUUAUAGAUUUGUAAAUCUUGUCAGUGAUGUAACUAUUAAAUGUUGCAGAGAAAUAGUUCAAUAAAAGAUUCAGCAUUACCAGAAUAUAGUUUUCAUCUGUUUAGGUUUGGUUUUUGAUUCAUGUUUGUGCUCUGUGUCCUGUUAAAUCUUUCUUGGAAACUAUUUAAUGAAGCAGUAAAUGCACACUCUAUAUUAAAGUAAACAUGUAAACACACUGCAUGUAUUCAUGUAUGAUAUAUGUCAUCAGAACACAAUCAUCACCAGCAUAAAUCAUGACAACUUAAGCAUGAAAUGAUCUUAAAACUAAUAUCACGGUACACAGGAAACCUUAACAGCAAAUUUUAAUGCCAUUGCUGAAGCUUGAAAAUUUUCAUGUGGUCACUGUUACAUUCAAUCAGUAAAAACAAGUUUCUAUUGCAGUGUUGCUACUUUGUCAACAUUAAACUUUUCAAUGAAACUGUAUGCUGUAAAGGCUCAAUCUCUAAAUGCAGUUUUCUUACGUGAAGACUUCAAGCAGUUCUUAUAAAUCUACAAUCAUUUCAGCAUUUUACAAGGAAGUGACAGUAGAAUGUUUUUCCCCUUCAUUUGAAUGACAGAGGUAGAGUAACCCAGUGAUUCACACGUGACAGUCCCUCGGUCAGUGCUUUAAAAGAGCUCUUUGACUCAGCCUGAACGUUACAUAGAAUAUUCACCUCUGUUUGUGAAAUUAGAAUCAUUACAAUGAUUAUUUUUUAGGUAGAUAAUACAAAGGCCAAUGAAAUUCAGCCCAUAAGUCGUUUAACAACAUUUGGUAAACAAUUUGCAAGUCUGACAUUUUCACUGGCUUGAAUGACUCAUGUAAAUAUGCUCCCCCUCUUGUGAUGACAAAUCUGCUAUGGAUACCCCCACUACACUCUUAUAAAGGUUACAAUAGCUUAACUCAUUCAUAUUGUACUGCACAUAAAUAACUAUUUCUUCAUCCUGAGUGAAGCACUGUCAAAUAACAAACAAACAAACAACAACAACAACAAGGCCAUGGUGUUAACGCAUUAAAAUAAAUAAAUGGUUGUGUUUUUGUUUUAAAGCAGGUAACAGGACACUGAUACAGUGUACUAAGAUGAAGCAGCAUGCCUUCUCAAACCAACAUGGUUUAAUAAAAUGGCAGGAAAUUCAGUUCGUGACACUAAACCCUGCCCAGGUGAUUUCACAGAAAUCGCUUUUCAGAAAAGGAGCUGAAGGAAGUCUCCCUUUCUAUGACACCAUUUAUACACACUCAUCUGAUGAAUGAGCAUAUAACACAUAUUUAGGAGAAAUGCCAGUGACACAACAUGUGUGAGAAAUCAAACCUCUACGACAAUUUAGAGGAGAAAUUUGUGAAAACCCUCAUAAGAGGAUACCACAGAUAAAAUCUGUCCUCUGUGUGAAGACCUAAAUUCAGUCAAGGGAUACAAAUAACAACAUGGAGGAACCUUUUCAGGGACGUUUUUGAUUCUAGUAAUUAUUCAGUAAUUGCUGAUUCAAGUAAUUCUGGUUCAAGUAAUUAUUUCUCACCUUUUCUUUUUUUUUAAACAUUUCUUCCAGAUAACAAUAACAUUUUCCCACUUGUCAUAUUUCAAGUAAAUAAAUCAUGUU